GGGUGAAAAAAAAAGGGAAGAAAAAAGGAGCAUCUUCGUAGGAGUUGGAGUCCACCAGCUAUUAAAGUAGUAAUGACUGUUCGUUUUCUUGUCUUUUUUCCUGUUCUUUACGGAAAAACCACUGCCAUUUGCACACACCCAGGAAUUCGGACAGCAUGUGCAGCAACUAACGUGGCCAUGUUCUCCAGCAGAUCUGCAGAAUCAUUCCAUGGAUGUCAAACAAUUCCUCUGCAACUUCAAGAAGCAGAUGAUUUUUCAGGCUGGAUUUAAUACCAGAGCAUUUAUGUGUCAAAGAACCAGGGAUAAUGACAGAGGUGUAGGGACCGACAACAUAUCAGUAAAGCUGUUAGGUCAAUCACCCUGGCCAAGCCAGGAGAGCGUGAAGUGGUAAAAGAAAUGCUACUGGAGAAUCAAAGUCAAGUAGAAAGACAAGAGUGCUAUCUGUAGAGCGAACAUCUUUGUCACUGAUUUAGUGAUACUUUUCCAAGAGGAUUUCUGCUGGAAAGAAGAAGAAAGACCUCAGUUAUUGAAUAGAGUUAGAAGAGAUUUUUCCUUUUUGAUAAUUGAAUCCAAUGGAGUCAUCUGGUGGCCUGCCCAGCUCAAUGUCCCAGAAAAAGAUGGCCAAACAGUUGAUAAGAAAAAAAGAUGAUACACCAUUGCUUUUUGCAGCUAGAGCAGGAAAUUUAGGUGCUGUAAUGGAGAUCCUAACUGGUACCGGAGAAGAAGAAUUGAAGGAAUUGUUAGAGAAGCAAAACCAAUCAGGAGAAACUGCCCUAUAUGUUGCCGUGGAAUAUGGUAAUGUUGAUGUUGUUAGAGAGAUGAUAAAGUAUUAUGAUCUUGCUGGUGCUGGUAUCAAAGCAAGAAAUGGAUUUGAUGCAUUUCACGUCGCUGCAAAACGAGGGGAUUUAGAGAUACUGAGAGUCCUAAUGGAGGUCCAUCCAGAAUUGUCUAUGACAGUUGAUUUAACAAACACUACAGCUUUGCAUACGGCUGCAACACGAGGGCAUAUAGAGAUUGUGAAUUUUUUGUUGGAUUCAGGCAGCAGCCUAGCAACCAUUGCUAAAAGCAACGGAAAAACUGCCUUGCAUUCUGCAGCUAGAAAUGGACACUUGGAGGUUGUGAGAGCACUUUUGACAAUAGAGCGUGGGAUAGCGACAAGGAAAGAUAAGAAGGGGCAGACGGCACUUCACAUGGCAGUGAAGGGGCAGAACGUUGUAGUGGUGGAGGAGCUCAUUCAUGCAGAGCCUUCAUCCAUAAACAUAGUUGAUACUAAGGGCAACUCAGCCUUACAUAUAGCAACCAGGAAAGGAAGAGCUCAGAUUGUUACGCUGCUACUUCAGCAUGGUGAAACUGACAUGAUGGUUGUUAAUAGGACUGGUGAAACUGCUCUUGACACUGCAGAGAAAACUGGCCAUCCCGAAAUUCGAGUCAUUUUGCAGGAGCAUGGCUGUCAGAGUGCCAAAAUUAUUAAGCUACAAGAAAAAAACCCAGCGCGAGGGUUGAAACAAACAGUAAGUGACAUAAAACAUGAAGUCCACUACCAGCUAGAACACACACGUCAAACUACAAAGCAUGUGCAAGGUAUCGCUAAAUAUGUCAACAAAAUGCACGCAGAAGGGCUUAACAAUGCCAUCAACUCGACAACUGUAGUUGGUGUUCUCAUUGCGACAGUUACCUUUGCAGCCAUCUUCACUGUCCCUGGCCAAUACGUGGACGACCCUUCAGAAAUUCCACCUGGACAGUCUCUUGGAGAAGCAAACAUCGCCAAUAGAGCUCCAUUCAUCAUAUUCUUUAUCUUUGAUUCUAUUGCGCUCUUCAUUUCUUUGGCAGUUGUGGUGGUGCAGACAUCAGUUGUAGUCAUAGAGAACAAGGCAAAGAAGCAAUUGAUGGCAAUUAUAAACAAAUUGAUGUGGAUAGCUUGUGCGCUUGUUUCGGUUGCGUUUUUGGCACUGUCAUAUAUUGUCGUGGGCGAGCAUGAGAAAUGGUUGGCUAUCGGAGUGACAAUUAUAGGAGCAACUAUAAUGGUUACAACUUUGGGGACAAUGUGUUACUGGGUUGUAAAACAUCGGAUUGAGUCCUCAAAUAUGAGGAGUAUACGAAGAUCAUCUCUGGGUAGCAGGUCACGCUCGUUUUCAGUUUCUGUGAUGUCGGACGCCGAGAUUUUUGACAAAGAAUGUAAGAAAAUGUAUGCUAUUUAAAUUUCCUACAAUGGGAUCACUUUUUUCUUUUAUAAGUCGAGUUUUGAAUGUAAAUCUCCCACCAAUGGAUCGUAGUUUAUUCUUCUUCUAUAAAUUCUUGUAAUUACUACUGUAAGACCAUAUCACAGACGUUCCUAAAAGAGAACUGAAUACAAGAACAUAGCAGCGUACUGUCCCAA